ACCAAAGCCACACACAUCAGAAAAUUAGUAUCCUUUUUUUUCUCACUUACAAUCAGGGAAAAAAAAGAAAAAAAAAGGAACAAUGUGUUCUUCCAUUGCUUCCUUUGUAGUGGCAACCAUUUUUGCAACACUAAUGCUCCGUGAAUCAAAUGCUCAAUUGAGUGCAACCUUUUAUGCUAACACGUGCCCAAACGUGUCUAGCAUCGUCAAUAAUGUGGUUCAGAAUGCUUUGCAGUCUGAUUCCAGGAUUGGGGCCAGUCUCAUCCGACUCCAUUUUCAUGACUGCUUUGUUAAUGGAUGUGAUGCUUCAAUCUUGUUAGACAACAGUGCAAACAUUCAGAGUGAGAAAGACGCCGCUCCCAAUACUAACUCCAUCCGGGGCUUUGACGUUGUUGACAACAUCAAGACUGCUCUUGAAAAUUCUUGCCAGGGUGUUGUUUCCUGUGCUGACCUUCUCGCCCUUGCUGCUGAAUCCUCUGUUUCUUUGUCAGGAGGCCCUUCAUGGAGUGUAUUAUUAGGGAGAAGGGACAGUCUAACUGCAAACCAGGGUGGAGCCAAUACCUCUAUUCCCUCACCUUUCGAAGGCUUGACUAACAUUACUUCCAAGUUCUCUGCAGUUGGUCUAGACACUAAUGAUCUUGUUGCGUUAUCCGGCGCUCACACUUUUGGACGUGCUCAGUGUCGGACAUUCAGCAACCGGCUAUAUAAUUUCAGCGGCACCGGCAACCCUGACCCAACACUAAGCUCAUCAUACUUGACUACUCUCCAGCAAACAUGUCCACAAAACGGGAGUGGAACUGCUCUUGCCAAUCUUGAUCUCACAACCCCAGAUAAUUUUGAUAACAGCUAUUUCACCAACCUUCAAAACAAUCAAGGCCUUCUCCAAUCGGACCAAGAGUUAUUCUCCACCAGCGGUGCUGCUACAGUCUCCAUUGUCAAUAACUUUAGCAGCAACCAAAGUGCUUUCUUUCAGAGCUUUGCUCAGUCCAUGAUAAACAUGGGAAAUAUAAGCCCACUAACGGGAAGCAAUGGAGAGAUCAGGUCGGAUUGCAAGAAGGUUAAUGGAAGUUAAUGAGAUAUCUGGGUGUUAGAUGAUCAGUAGCUGGCACACUCAGCAUAUUAAGCAUGGCAAACACAUAAAUAUAUAGUUCUUACUUAAUUAGUCAAAAGCUCGUUUUUGCAAAGCAUGCGAGAAAGAAUAAACAGUUUUGGAUUGUAAGUUGACUGAAACGCAGUAAAGUUUGGUGGUACAAUCAUUUCAGUAAUAUGGGAGUGAUGAAACAGAUCGACCAACUUUCUACUGUAUUUAUGUUUACAUUAUCUAAGUAAUUGCCUUUAGCCUUAA